AAAUAAACUAUUCUAAGAUGAACUGUGAACAACACUUUACUUCCGGUUUCUGUCAUGCAGAGAAAAAACAUAUUUCUCGGGCCGAAUCUUACGAUUUUAACUUAAUUUUUCGAAGUCAAGAAUCAAUACAGUGUUGUCAUUAGCCUAGGCAAGACAGUAACUGUCUAGCCAGACUGGAAUGUGAAGAUGGUGCGAAGUCUGACAGAGUCAUGUCUGAGCUGUCUGGCCUGCAACUUACACUCCAUCAACAGGGUGGGGCAUUACCUAGCAACCAGGCACAAGGAACUUCUACUAGAAUGGCUGGUGUAUCAUGACCGACUGACACCGGAGUACCUGCCACAUAUCACAUAUCACCUGUUUUCCUCUGGGCUCAGGACAGUCCACUUCUACAAGUGCCAACAGGUAACAGAUGCAGUACUAACACAGUUAGGCGACUGUGGCUGCAGACUAAGGUCUGUCACCAUACAUGGCUGUUCAGAGGUUACAGAUACAGGAAUGUUGGCCUUGCUGCAGCACCAGGAUGAGUUGGAGGUCCUGGAGCUGAGGAAACUGCCUCACCUGGUUACAGACUGGGCACAUGCUGUCAUGUCACCUGUGCUACAACACCUGGAUCUCAGGGGCUGCACUAAUGUAGAUGCUCCUGCUGUGUGUGAAGUGGUGUUGUCCAACCCAACCAUCAGUACCAUGAUCCUGGCACACUGUCAUCGGCUAGGGGAGAACAUCAACACUGUGGUGCAGCGGAUAGCAGAGUCUCUCAACACUACCCUGGAACACCUGGAUGUUGCAGGAGAUCACUGUCUGUCAGAUGCUAGCCUGACUGCCAUAAGUACCCACUGUUCAAACCUAAAAAGGUUGGGAACAUUCAGUAUACUUCCAAUAAGUAAUGCUAUGUCACUGUCACGAUACACAUGUCAUAUAGGACUAGUGGCAUGUUCACAAAGCAGCAUGAUCAGGGUGUGA